GAGUCCGCGGUCACACUGAACUGGACAGAACAGCCGCGCGUCGACGACGAAAACAAGAAAAUACAAUUUUUAAUGUUAAAACUUAACGGGCGGAUUUGAAUGAACUGCCUGCUGCGCAAAAUAAUGCAAGUGUUAAUGGCUGUCCAACGUUGACAAAAAAGCAGAGACUGUGAAAAUGUGCAUUGAACGUGUCUUAAGAGCACAACGGCCCACCGAGAAAAUGUAGUAGUGGCUUCUUUGGUGUUGAUUCUUUUCUCGCAGAAAGAAAAUCGGUGCAAAGGAAAAAUCAAAAAUACAUCCAAACAUACGAAUGUAAAUGUAAAGGCAAAAUUUCAAGAGCAUCAGCGGGAAGAGAGGACACGCCACGCCACGCGAUAAAGAUAAGCUCUCGGGGCCAGGUCAAACCCACUGAUACACUCUGAUAAGGAAUCGCUGUCGGCGGUAUCUGUCCGGAGGAGCCACUAACCGCCGGAAACAGGUAGAGAGCUCGGCUUGGCCACCGAGCUUAUCAGCGAUCCAGGGGGAUCAUGUCGCACGGCAGCGCCGGCGGCAGUGGCGGCAGUCUGGGCGCGCAAACUGUGGGUGCUGGAGGCAUUGGUGGCGGUGCAGCGGCAGCGGCAGCGGCGGCGGCAGCAGCAGCAGCAGCGGCAGCGGGCGGCGGCAACGGCGAGUACCGGGAACUCCACUGGACAGUGUCGAGCGUGAUGGACUCGUCGCGCGUCUCCACCUGCCUCAUCUCGAUGCUGUUGAUAGUGUACGGCAGUUUCCGCAGUCUCAACAUCGAGCAGGAGGCCCGCGAGCGGGAGCAAAAGAAGCGCAAUGAGUCCAUGACGAAUCUCCUAACCGGGGAGCAGGUCGAGAAGGAGCCAAGCUCUCUGUGCUUCUUUACAGCGGAUAAAUUCGCCACGCUAGACACGAUGCAUGCCCUGUGCCUGCCACUGGGCGCCUCCAUAUCAUUGCUCAUCAUGUUCUUCUUUUUCGACUCGAUGCAGCUGCUCUUUGCCGUGUGCACAGCCAUAAUUGCCACCGUGGCACUGGCCUUUUUGCUGCUGCCCAUGUGCCAGUACAUCAUGCGGCCCUGCACGGACGGAAAGCGUUUCUCCUUUGGCGUCUGUGGACGCUUCACGGGGGCAGAGCUAUUUAGUUUCAUGCUGUCCGUGUCGAUUGUGUGCGUUUGGGUGCUAACCGGCCACUGGCUGCUGAUGGAUGCAAUGGGCAUGGGGCUGUGUGUGGCCUUUAUAGCGUUCGUGCGACUUCCCAGUCUGAAGGUGUCGACGCUGCUGUUGACCGGCCUGCUCAUCUACGACGUCUUUUGGGUGUUCCUCUCCUCGUACAUCUUUAGCACGAACGUGAUGGUCAAGGUGGCCACGCGACCCGCCGAGAAUCCCGUGGGUAUAGUGGCGCGCAAAUUGAAUUUGGGCGGCAUUGUGCGGGACACACCGAAACUGAAUUUACCGGGCAAACUGGUUUUCCCCAGCAUACACAAUACGGGCCACUUCUCGAUGCUGGGCCUGGGCGAUGUGGUGAUGCCGGGCCUGCUACUCUGCUUCGUUUUGCGAUACGAUGCGUACAAAAAGUCCCAGGGCGUCACGUCGGAUCCCACACUGUCAACGCCGAGGGGUGUGGGCUCUAGGCUGACAUAUUUUCAUUGUUCCUUACUGGGCUACUUUUUGGGCCUGCUAACGGCCACGGUCAGCUCGGAGGUGUUUAAAGCGGCCCAGCCGGCUCUGCUGUAUUUGGUGCCCUUUACGUUAUUGCCCCUCCUGCUAAUGGCCUAUCUAAAGGGCGACCUGCGGCGCAUGUGGAGCGAGCCGUUUAUCACGCACCCACCAUCAAAACAACUGGAAGUCUGAGUGUGUACUCUUAUCUACAUAAAAAGCAACAAGAACAACAAAAACAGAAAAGUAACAUCAACCACAAUACACACACACACACCCAUAAGAAGAUCUAUUACUAACAAUUUGUCUCUUAAAUAACGUAUUGAGUAUGUAUUUUUUAAUUCUACUGAACUAAGUUUCGUUCUAAGUUAGGUGAUCCUCGUUUUCAUAGUGAAAUAAAACACUAAAAACCGAGUAAUUAUAGUUGCUAGCAUAAGUGUGGGGAGUAAAAUCUUUUGUAGAAAAACAUACUGCAGAGAGAGUAAGCAUUAUAUACAGCAUCCGUAUCGCAUUCAUUUCAAUUGGCUUUAAAGUCUCACAAGAAUCAUGCAGUGCUGAGAGGUUAGCAGUGUUAGAUCCAGCCUACAGUUCAUAGGGAUUAAAACACAAACAUAUACAUAUUACCGCAUACUAUAACCGAUAGCGAGUGACUUGAGGGGAAGCUCUUUUUCGUGUUCUUAAAAGGCUCUUUCGGGAGCAUUCACAAAGAAACCCCAUUCAGAAUCAGUAUGGCCGUUCUGUAAAUACUUAAGUUAAAUAUACAUAUAAUAUAAAUGAAUCUGGAGAUAACGAACCACCAUGCAACAAAUAAUAGUCAGUAAGCUCGCCUUCACACACACACCACACAUUUUCUCCCUGUUUUAUGUUCUCUGAAUCACCCCACAUUUCCGUCCCCCCACAGUCCAUAUAAAGAUUUUUGCCAAAAUGCAUGUGUUCGUUUUAAACAAUAAAAGAGAAAAUCAAACAGAAA